GGUCGGGCUCCUUAGCGGUGUAUUGUGGGAUGUGCGGCUACUGGGAGCCGAGCCUCCGCCGCCAGCCGCCUCCCGGGCAGCAGCAGCAGCAGCGGCGGCAACAGCGGCAGCAGCAGCAAGGGCAGCGGCAGCUCGGGGCCCGGCAGCCGCUAAGGCGGCGUCCCCCCCAUCCCGGCCCCCGGUCCGGCCGCCCCGGCCUCGGCUCCCGCGGGGGACACCAUGUACUGGCUGGCGGCGCAGGGAGGCCGGCGCCCGGCGGGGAUGUUGGGUUAACGGCAUGGAGAACAGUCACCCCCACCACCACCACCAGCAGCCCCCGCCGCAGCCCGGCCCUUCGGGCGAGAGGAGGAACCACCAUUGGAGAAGUUACAAGUUGAUGAUUGACCCGGCUCUGAAAAAGGGGCACCAUAAACUGUACCGCUACGAUGGGCAGCAUUUCAGCCUGGCGAUGUCCAGCAACCGCCCGGUGGAAAUCGUGGAAGAUCCCCGGGUGGUCGGCAUCUGGACCAAAAACAAGGAGCUGGAGCUGUCGGUGCCCAAAUUCAAGAUCGAUGAGUUCUACGUGGGCCCUGUGCCUCCCAAGCAGGUGACAUUUGCCAAGCUGAAUGACAACAUCCGUGAAAACUUCCUAAGGGACAUGUGCAAAAAGUAUGGGGAAGUUGAGGAGGUGGAGAUUUUGUAUAACCCGAAGACCAAGAAACACCUGGGCAUCGCCAAGGUAGUCUUUGCCACGGUCAGGGGCGCCAAGGAGGCAGUCCAACACUUGCAUAGCACUUCUGUCAUGGGUAACAUCAUCCACGUGGAGCUGGACACCAAAGGGGAAACUCGCAUGCGCUUCUAUGAACUGCUGGUCACCGGCCGGUACACCCCUCAGACCCUCCCAGUGGGUGAGCUGGAUGCUAUUUCUCCAAUUGUGAGCGAGACCCUGCAGCUCUCGGAUGCUCUGAAGCGGCUCAAGGAUGGUAACCUGUCCGCAGGCUGUGGCUCUGGCUCCUCCUCAGUCACCCCCAAUAGUGGCGGGACCCCCUUCUCCCAGGAUACAGCCUACUCCAGCUGCCGUCUGGACACACCCAACUCCUACGGACAAGGCACCCCGAUCACGCCCCGCCUGGGCACCCCUUUCUCCCAAGAUCCCAGCUAUUCCAGUCGCCAGCCCACACCCUCCUACCUCUUCAGCCAGGACCCCGCAGCAACCUUCAAGGCCAGGCGGCACGAGAGCAAGUUCACAGAUGCCUAUAACCGCCGUCACGAACACCAUUAUGUCCACAACUCCGCGGUGGCGGCUGCGGUGGCAGGAGCCACGGCUCCUUUCCGAGGCUCCUCAGACCUCUCUUUUGGGACAGUUGGCGGUGGCGGCGGCACUCCCUUCAAGACUCAAUCCCAGGAUUCCACCACAUAUGCCCAUACUCCACCUCCUGCCCAAACAGCCACUGCGUCCGGAUUCAAAUCAGCUUUUUCUCCGUACCAGACUCCAGCACCCCCAUUCCCGCCACCCCCCGAGGAGCCCACUGCCACAGCAGCCUUCGGGACCCACGACAGUGGGGAGUUCCGGAGGGCACCCGCGCCCCCACCCCUGCCACCCUCUGAGCCUCCAGCCAAGGAGAAGCCGGGCACACCUCCUGGUCCCCCACCCCCUGACAACAACAGCAUGGAGCUGGGUGGUAGGCCUACCUUUGGCUGGAGUCCUGAGCCCUGUGACAGCCCUGGCACUCCUACUCUGGAGUCUUCUCCAGCGGGACCAGAGAAGCCCCAUGACAGCCUGGACUCCCGCAUUGAGAUGCUGUUGAAGGAACAACGCACCAAGCUGCCCUUCCUGCGAGAGCAGGACUCAGACACUGAGAUCCAGAUGGAAGGCAGCCCCAUCUCCUCCUCCUCCUCCCAGCUCUCCCCACUCACCCACUUUGGCACUAACUCACAGCCUGGCUUCCGUGGUCCCUCGCCACCCUCCUCACGCCCCUCUAGCACGGGCCUAGAGGACAUCAGCCCUACACCACUGCCUGAUUCCGACGAGGAUGAUGACCUGGGCCUGGGCCUAGGGCCUCGGCCCCCACCUGAGCCAGGCCCCCCAGACCCUAUGGGUCUUCUAGGCCAGACAGCUGAGGUGAAUUUGGACCUGGCAGGAGACAGGACCCCGACCUCAGAGCGGAUGGAUGAGGGCCAGCAGUCCUCUGGAGAGGACAUGGAAAUCUCAGACGAUGAGAUGCCCUCAGCCCCCAUCACCAGCGCUGACUGCCCCAAGCCCAUGGUGGUGACCCCAGGGGCAGGGGCUGUGGCAGCCCCUAAUGUGCUUGCUCCAAACCUGCCCCCCCCCCCCCCUGGCUUCCCUCCGUUACCCCCACCACCUCCCCCACCCCCACCACAACCUGGCUUCCCCAUGCCCCCACCUUUGCCGCCACCACCACCACCACCACCACCAGCCCAUCCUGCAGUGACAGUGCCCCCACCACCCUUGCCAGCGCCCCCGGGUGUCCCACCCCCACCCAUCCUUCCACCACUGCCGCCCUUCCCGCCGGGACUGUUUCCUGUGAUGCAGGUGGACAUGAGCCAUGUGCUGGGUGGGCAGUGGGGCGGCAUGCCCAUGUCCUUCCAGAUGCAAACACAGAUGUUAAGCCGGCUCAUGACAGGCCAGGGUACUUGCCCCUACCCACCCUUCAUGGCCGCUGCCGCCGCUGCCGCUUCUGCUGGGCUACAGUUUGUCAACUUGCCCCCCUACCGGAGCCCGUUCUCCCUGAGCAACAGUGGCCCAGGACGUGGACAGCACUGGCCGCCCCUGCCCAAGUUUGACCCCUCCGUGCCACCACCAGGCUACGUACCGCGUCAGGAGGAUCCGCACAAGGCCACAGUGGACGGGGUCCUGCUAGUAGUGCUCAAGGAACUGAAGGCCAUCAUGAAGCGGGAUCUCAACCGCAAGAUGGUGGAGGUGGUGGCCUUCCGGGCCUUUGACGAAUGGUGGGACAAGAAGGAGCGGAUGGCCAAGGCCUCACUGACCCCCGUGAAGUCUGGUGAGCACAAGGAUGAGGAGAGGCCAAAGCCCAAAGACCGAAUCGCCUCCUGCCUGCUGGAAUCAUGGGGCAAGGGCGAGGGCCUGGGUUACGAGGGCCUAGGCCUGGGCAUUGGACUACGUGGCGCCAUUCGCCUGCCCUCCUUCAAGGUCAAGAGGAAGGAGCCACCGGACACAGCCUCUUCUGGCGACCAGAAGCGGCUGCGGCCUUCAACCUCUGUGGAUGAGGAAGAUGAAGAGUCGGAACGGGAGCGUGACCGGGACAUGGCUGAUGCCCCGUGCGAACUCGCCAAGCGGGACCCCAAAAGCGUGGGUGUGCGACGCCGGCCAGGACGGCCCCUGGAGCUGGACAGCGGUGGGGAGGAGGACGAGAAGGAGUCCUUGUCCGUGUCCUCAUCUUCCUCGGCAUCCUCAUCCUCGGGAUCUUCCACAACCUCACCCUCAUCCUCUGCCUCGGACAAGGAAGAGGAGGAACGAGAAAGCACUGAGGAGGAGGAAGAAGAGGACGAAGCAGAGGAAGAGGAGGAGGAUGAAGAGCGCCCCAGGAGCCACAUAUCCUCCCCCUCAUCCUCAUCCAGCUCUGAUAAGGAUGAUGAUGAUGAUGAUGAUGACAGUGAUGACCAGAUUGAUUCUGACAUCGACGAUCAGGGUACAGCCCUGUCGGUGGCCAGUGAGAAGGACAAUAUUGAUUCUGAGGAAGAGGAGAUAGAGAGAGUCACCACCUCCAAGGCCCCGGCUGUGUCAUCGUCGUCAUCGUCGUCGUCGUCCUCCAGUGAAAGUUCUGGAUCUUCUGAGUUCGAUUCCAGUUCUGAGUCCUCAUCCUCAGCUUCAUCCUCGGAGGAUGAAGAGGAGAUGACAGUACCUGGGGAAGAAGAGGAAGAGGAGGAGGAGGAGGAGAAAGAGACCGCAAUGGCUACAGCGACGGUAGUGGCGAUGGCCGAGGAGAGCAUGCCUCCAGUGGGCGGCCAGGACUUUGAGCAGGAUAGGGCAGAAGUGCCUCUGGGCCCAAGAGGCCCCUUGAGGGAGUCCUUGGGCACGGAAGAGGAAGUGGACAUUGAGGCCGAGGACGAAGUCCCCGAGAUGCAGGCUCCUGUGCCGGAAGAGUCUCCAUUGCCCAUGGGUGCUCAGGAACUGGAAGGGAGCCCCGAGCCCCCAGAAGAGCCAAGCCCAAACACACAAGGGGACAUGUUGCUCUCUCCAGAACUCCCUGCCAGGGAGACGGAAGCUCAACCCCCAUCACCCCCUGAACAUGGUCCAGAGUCAGACCUGGAAGUGGAGCCCGAGCCCCCUCCGAUGCUCUCCUUACCCUUGCAGCCACCAUUGCUACCCCCUCGACAUCCCCGGCCACCCAGCCCACCACCUGAGCCCGAGACCCCAGAGCCCCCCAAACCUCCUGUCCCCCUGGAGCCUCCCCAAGACCAGCCUCCACGUACCCCAGGCCUCUGUGGCAGUCUGGCCAAGUCACAGAGCACGGAGACAGUGCCGGCCACCCCGGGUGGGGAGCCUCCACUGUCAGGGGGCAGCAGUGGCCUGUCACUGAGCUCCCCGCAGGUGCCUGGCAGCCCGUUCUCAUACCCUUCCCCGUCCCCUGGCUUGAGCAGUGGAGGCCUUCCACGGACACCUGGUCGGGACUUCACCUUCACACCUACCUUCCCUGAGCCCAGUGGGCCCUUGCUUCUGCCUGUCUGCCCCCUCCCCACUGGUCGACGAGAUGAACGAGCUGGCCCCCUGGCCUCCCCAGUGCUCCUGGAAACUGGCCUGCCCCUCCCCCUUCCCCUGCCUCUGCCCUUCCCUCUGGCAUUGCCUGUCCCUGUCCUGAGGGCCCAGCCUAGGCCACCCCCCCAGCUUCCUCCCCUACUGCCCGCUACCCUAGCUCCCUGCCCAACCCCCAUCAAGAGGAAGCCAGGCCGGCCCCGGCGAUCCCCACCUUCUAUGCUGUCCUUGGAUGGGCCUUUGGUCCGGCCACCGCCAGGGCCUGCCCUUGGGAGGGACCUUCUGCUCCUGCCAGGCCAACCACAGGCCCCCAUUUUCCCCAGUGCACAUGACCCCCGGGCCGUGACCUUGGACUUCCGGAACACGGGGAUCCCAGCCCCCCCACCGCCCCUCCCACCCCAGCCUCCUCCACCCCCACCUCCACCACCUGUUGAGCCCACCAAGCUGCCCUUCAAGGAGCUGGACAACCAGUGGCCCUCUGAAGCUAUUCCCCCAGGACCUCGCCGAGAUGAGGUCACUGAAGAGUACAUGGACCUGGCCAAGGUGCGGGGACCAUGGCGACGGCCACCUAAGAAGCGCCACGAAGACCUGGUGGCCCCAUCAGCCUCACCCGAACCCUCACCACCCCAGCCUCUCUUCCGGCCCCGCUCAGAGUUUGAGGAGAUGACCAUCCUGUAUGACAUCUGGAAUGGUGGCAUUGAUGAGGAGGACAUCCGCUUCCUAUGCGUCACCUACGAGCGCCUGUUGCAGCAGGACAAUGGCAUGGACUGGCUGAAUGACACACUCUGGGUCUACCAUCCCUCCACCAGCCUCUCCUCAGCCAAGAAAAAGAAACGGGAGGACGGUAUCCGUGAGCACGUGACAGGCUGCGCCCGAAGCGAGGGCUUCUACACCAUCGACAAGAAAGACAAGCUGAGAUACCUCAAUAGCAGCCGUGCCAGCACAGACGAGCCCCCCAUGGAUACCCAGGGUAUGAGCAUCCCAGCACAGCCCCAUGCCUCUACCCGGGCAGGCUCAGAGCGGCGGUCUGAGCAGCGGCGCCUCCUGUCCUCCUUCACCGGCAGCUGUGACAGUGACCUGCUCAAGUUCAACCAGCUCAAGUUUCGGAAGAAAAAGCUCAAGUUCUGUAAGAGCCACAUUCAUGACUGGGGCCUGUUUGCCAUGGAGCCCAUCGCCGCCGAUGAGAUGGUCAUUGAGUACGUGGGUCAGAACAUCCGCCAGGUGAUUGCAGACAUGAGGGAGAAACGGUAUGAGGACGAAGGCAUCGGUAGCAGCUACAUGUUCAGGGUAGACCACGACACCAUCAUCGACGCCACCAAGUGCGGCAACUUUGCGCGGUUCAUUAAUCACAGCUGCAACCCCAACUGCUAUGCCAAGGUGAUCACGGUGGAGUCCCAGAAGAAAAUUGUCAUCUACUCCAAGCAGCACAUCAAUGUCAACGAGGAGAUCACAUAUGACUAUAAGUUCCCCAUUGAGGACGUCAAGAUACCCUGCCUCUGUGGCUCCGAGAACUGCCGGGGGACCCUCAACUAGUCCCUGGGUGCCAAAGGCCAAGGAUGUCAGCCGUAGCCCAGGAGGACCCUCGCCCUGGGUCAGGCUCCACCCCCCACCCAUUUCAGGUGCUGUCCUUUCCCCCAGCAGCCGCACUAGGGCCUGGCGCCCCCCAACACUAUCCCAGGACCCGCCCGCAGCCCCGGCCCCGCAGCGGGAAAGGGCUUCUCUCUCUCCACCCGCGUCUUUCUUUCCGUUUUAUAGAUGCUCUUUGCAGGCGUUGUGUCCUGGUGUAUUUGGCUUUCCAUUCCCUCGUCCAUCUUCCCUCCCUGUCUCCUGCCUCAGUUUCCUCCCGUGAAUGCUGCUCUGUGGUGUUGUCUCCUCUUUUAUUUUCUUCCUUGUCCGAAGAAAAGACAUUUUAACCGUUGAAAAUGUGAAGGCAGAAUCAGAGGAGGAGCCGCGUGGGGGCCCGGAGGCCUCAGUGGAACUGUGUGGGCCCAGGGUCCAGGCUGACCCUGGGCUAGGUGCUGCAGGAGGAGGGGGCUCCAGCGGCCUCGAUCUCAGAACACUACAUACCCGAAAGGCCCCUCCCCGCCUGUGGAUGCAGUGAUCAGACCCCACAGUUUCUCCUGGCCUGUUCCCCAGUCUGUCCUUCCCCUGUGGUUGAGGGCGCCCUUUACCUUUGGUAGACCGUGGGGGAGCCAAGCUGGUCCCAGACAGGAACUUCCUCUCUGGGUGUCCCUAGCUGCUCUACCACCCCCAAAUCCUUGGGUUCAAUGUUUACUUUCUCAUUCGGAUGCCAGCAAUGAUGGAGCCUCCCAGGGCGUCCCCAGUGCGGUGGGGGGCACUGGGAAGGGUGCGGUGGGGGCAGUGGGAAGGGUGUUUCCACCCUCUGCAGUUUUGACUCUGCCCGGGUGUAGAGGGUGCCAGGACCCUCAGGGCCCGCCCGGCCCCCCAGCCCUGCCAUUACGGGUUGUCUGACCGUACGCAUGUGACAUUUUUGUUGUUGAUAAGCUUCUCCCCGUUACCCCAACCCCCCCCACACACCCAUGUCACCCUGCUGGAGGCCCCCCCACCUAGGAGGCCAGAGCGUAUUUAUUUCCAUAGUGAGCAGGUUGUUUCUCUUAGGAAAAGGAAGAUAGACUUGGAAAUGAUUUUAAAAGUCAGAUCUACAUCUUGGACAGCUUACCCCACCGCCCAACCCCCCUCCCCAUCCUCUUCAGGGUUAAUUUCCAUGAAUUUUUUUUUUCUUGUGUGUAAAAUCAAACUGAAGGGAAGAAAAUUAUUAUUUUGGCGUUCAGAACCAAUCCCUGUAGAUAGACUGCCAUACAGACUCUUUCUUGGAACUUUGUUUCUUGUAGAAACAAGUGGGAAGACUUCCCCCCCCCCCUCAUUUCUUUGUACUUCAAAAAAGAAAAAAGAAAAAAAAAGAAAACCAACCAACAACAACAAAAAGACACACAAAAACAGCAAGUCUCAUCCCCCUCAGAAGGCAGAGCAGGCAUGUAAAUACUUCUGGACCGCGACUGUUGUGACCCAGAGCCCUCACCAUGAUGAAGUGCUCCGGGUGGGGCUGACCCCACCCGCGGACCAGGCGGCGGCAGCCUCUUGGUAUCUCAGCUUGUGUCAAGCUUCCUUAUGUAAAUUCUGUACAAAGAAUUGUUUUUUUUUCCUUUCUCUCUGUCUUGGUGGUUUUGUUGUGGUUUUUCUUUCUUUUCUUUUUUUUUUUUUUUUUUUUAAAUUCUCCACAGGCCCUCUGUGUUUGAGACUGUGCCCACCGGUCUGAAGGUCGAGAGGAACCUUGGCAUUAAGUCCCAAGGGGCACCUGGGCACGGCGCCGACCUUCUCUUCCAUUUGCAGUUCACUGCAUAAUUGUGCAAAUGAGAAAAAAAAAAGAUUUAUUUUUCACAAGAAAUGUGUAGCGUGUAGAGAUGGCUAAUUUGAGUUACUUCUGCAGCCGGUCCCUCUAGGGGGCUUAUCUUCAUCUUUGCUACUAACGUCCACCACCAAAGGAUGAAGAUGCCCGCAAGCCAAGGAGGAGCUGCCUGCUCCCUGGCAGUACCUCACUGAGCCCUGUCAUGGGAUCUGCACGCAUUAACCUUGGCUGACUUCAGGGUGAGGUGCGCUGCCCCCUCCCCAAACCUCUGGCUCUCCCCCCCUCCCCAAGGGUUUGCAAUAAUCCUGAUAUGUGGGCCCAUUUUUCUUUGAAAGCUUUUGUUAUCAUUGAAUAGAUCUCUGCUUUUGAAGGGUCAGGGGUUUCUGAUACUUUUUUUUUCCCCCUCCUCUCCCUGUCCCUGCAAAGAAGAGAACCAAUAAAUUUUAGGGUUGUCUGUGCCUGUAGACUCUGUCAUCCGUAUGUAACUUGUUUCUGAAGAGAAGUGUUUCCGUUGUGGGUGUGUCUCGCUGUAAAUACUUGUUCAUAUUUUUGUGAAUUCAAUACUAUGUACCAUUGUAUUAUAGUAACUUUUAUAAAGCAAACCAUAAAUAUACUGACUUUUCUUACAGCUA